AUGCACAACGUGGAAACGCUCACACACGACGAUUACACAGUGGCAUGGAUCGCCCCACUGGAGGUCGAGUCGAUCGCCGCGAGGCUGAUGCUGGAUACGAAACACGAGAAACUGCCACAGUCGCCCGUUGAUCAUAAUGUAUAUGCGCUGGGCAGUAUCAAUGGCCACAAUAUUGUGAUCGCUAGUCUGCCCACGACGGGCAACACUUCCGCAGCUACGGUCGUCACACAACUGCGGAACACUUUUAAGCAGAUUCGAUUCGGACUGUUGGUUGGCAUUGGAGGCGGCGUGCCGACGAAAACGGAUAACGGACCCAUUCAUCUCGGGGAUGUGGUGGUGAGCAAGCCGGAACGGGACCACUCUGGCGCCAUCCAGUACGAUCACGGCAAAGCUCUGGAAGGUCACUUUCGCCGUACUGGAUACCUGACUCCACCACCUACCGUUCUCCUAAACGCCGCGCAGGAUCUGUCAACAGAGCAAGCUAUCGCAGAAGGCGAUCUUAUUGUUCCGCACCUACAGAACAUUAACACUAAACGACCAGCGCUUCGGAAGUACAAAUACCCAGGCUCAGACCAGGAUAACCUGUACAAGUCCGACUAUCCUCAUCGUACCGAAGGGUCUUCAUGUCGUUCCUGUGCAUGCGAUCCGUCACAAAGGGUCGACCGUAAUGCAGAUGAAAACCAGGAUGACGAGAUUCACGAAGACCGCAGCUCACGGAUUGUGGUUCAUCGAGGAACAAUCGCGGCGGGCGAGAGAGUGAUCAAAGAUAGUCGGCUGAGGGAUGAGUUGGCCAAAGAGCACGGCGCUCUCUGCUUCGAGAUGGAGGCUGCGGGGGUGAUGAACGACUUUCCUUGUCUUGUUAUCCGUGGCAUUUCAGACUAUGCCGAUUCUCAUAAGAAUAAUGGCUGGCACGGCUACGCAUCGGCAACCGCUGCGGCAUACGCAAGACAGCUGUUCUUCCACAUGCCCGUUGACGAAGUGAAGCAAUGUGCUGUGGGACUCGCAGGCGUUGUCGAUGAGCUGAAGAAUGUCACGAGUGCGAUAGAACACACAGCUGGAAGACAAGAUAAGCAUAACCAAUGGCAAAGACAACAUAGCCAGCAACAAGAUAUCCGUUACGAAAACGAUAGGCAACGCCAAUGCCAUCGCGCGUUCAAGAUAGGCAGCUAUGAAGACCAAAAGAAUAUCAACCCUGAAGCGGUCCCAGGCACAUGUCAGUGGGUACUAACUCAUGAACAGUACCGGAAAUGGCAUCAAAAUUCGCAUAGCGACUUGCUAUGGAUCUCGGCUGACCCUGGUUGCGGAAAAUCUGUUCUUGCUAGGAAGCUGGUUGACCAGGACCUCCAAAACGAAAGCGCAUACACGGUGUGCUACUUCUUCUUCAAGGACAACGAGGAUCAGAACAGCCUGUCAGCUGCUCUUUGCUCCAUCCUCCAUCAAUUGUUCGCUAGCCAGCCAGGGCUUAUAAAGUAUGCUCUGACAGCAUGGGACAAGCACGGCGAAAAGAUACAGUCGGAACAAGAAGAGCUGUGGAGAAUUCUGCUAGGAGCAGUUUCGGACACGCAAUCUCGCAAGAUAGUUUGCGUAUUUGACGCGCUCGACGAAUGUCGCGAAGACCAUAGAGAGCGCUUUAUCUCUAUGUUGUCCGAAUUUUACCAAAAUAUGCAUAGCAACCCCUCAAAGGAGGAAAGCUUCAAGAUUCUCGCCACUAGCCGCCCUUACGACGAGAUACGAGAUGGUUUUGAGAAGAUACCCUCGUCACUACCAACCAUCCACCUACGGGGGGAUGAGAUGAACGACUGUAUCCAUAAAGAGAUUGACCUUGUCGUUCGCGCAAGGGUCGUCGAGUUAGCAAAGAAACACAAACUUGCCAAAAAGACAAAGCAAAGACUGGAAGAGAAGCUUCUUAGGAUGGAGCAUCGAACCUAUCUCUGGCUCUAUCUUGCCAUCGGAGGAAUUAAAAAGGUCUAUGCUGAUAGUCUGAGACCAGAAGAGGAGUCAGUUGACUCGCUACCAACCUCUGUAGAGGAUGCAUAUGACAAAAUACUGGCGAGAGUUACCUCAGAGCAGGAAGAUAACGCGAAGAAAAUCUUGCAGAUCGUUGUCGGUGCAAGACGUCCGUUGACGACGGGAGAACUGGCGAAAGCCUUGGGUGUGGCGAUGGAGCCGGAUACACUUAAAGGGAAGAUCCGUCGGUUGUGUGGAUUGUUCAUCUUUUUCAAUAACUCGCGGACAUAUCUGAUACACCAGACAGCAAAAGAAUUUCUUGUCGGGAGCUCGGUAACCGGAAAUGCUCGAUGGAAACAUUGCUUCAGUCUGUCCGAAACAGAAAGGCUUAUGGCACAGAUAUGCAUCGAUUAUCUGGCACCAAACGAUCUCGAAAGAGGCGGAGGGAACGAAAAGCAUCGUGCGGAUGGUCUAGCACAUUCAACGGAGCACUGGCCUGAUCGUUUUUGGCGAUUAUCUCGGGUCGGACAUCAAGACUCGGCCAUCGAAGAAUACAAAACGAAGCAUCCACUGCUGGAUUAUGCUGCAAACUAUUGGAUACCCCACGUACAAGACGGGAAUGUUAUCGAUUCUGAAUUGGUCACUCGCGUGGCAAAACUCUGCGACAUUGGCGAUGGACACGCCUGCGCCUGGUUUCAAGUCUACUAUACAUCAGCGUACCGUCCGCAGCUGGGUGGCCAUGCGCAACACCACCAGGCAAAAUGUGGACUUCAUUGGGCUGUCGUGUUGGGCGUUGUUGCGGCUGCAAGAAUCUUUCUAGAUACUAAAAAUGCCACAAGCAACAGCGAUCAAGACAUUGGUGAUGUUUUUCUAGAAGCCACAAGAAACACCAGCUUCGGGGCAGAGCUUACAGCACUCCUUCUCGACCGUCGCAGCGCAGACAUCCAGAUCACGCAAGAGGUCGUUGUCGCAGCUGCAAGGAACUCAGACAAUGGCAAAGACAUUAUGACACUCCUUCUCGACCCAAUGGCAAGGACAUUAUAA